CAAACAAUCUCCACGUGCGUUUUCUGAAGGAUAUGAAUGGAUAUCCCAGACUGGGAAAGAUAUUUAUUGUUUUUGGACAAGUAUUCUUGGAUUUACGACAUAAACAUGACGCGAAUUUUAUUAGAAGAAACCCUUCUGAAGAUACCAAGUGCAUGGGCAGAAUACAUCUCAAACCUGUCGUCUGACGAGCUGGGCUGUAUUCCGUUUGGCAGCUUGAAGGAUGGGUGUCCGACCGAUUUCCGAGAAUUUGUAGACGAAGCAGUGGAAUUGGCACGGCCAAGGUUCGAAACCGGCAAGCUGGACGACAGCUCUGUGUUGCUUCCUCCUGUGAUUAGGAGAGGAAUGUCGGAAAAGAAGCAGCACGAAGUAUGCAAGCUAGCCAGCCUCGUAGCACAAGUAGCCAGGGAAACAGACUGCUCUUCUGUGUUGGACGUAGGGUCAGGACUGGGUUACUUGCCUCAGGUUCUGCACUCAAAUUACAGCUACAAAGUGAUUGGUAUUGAUUCUGAAAGCUUUCACUCAACCAGAGCCAACGAACGACUACAGCACUCUGGUUGCAGCCAAAAUAUUCACCACUACACUCUGAAGCUGGAAGACCAUCCAUCCAGCAUUGAAGGAGUAAAAUCUGUGCUCAGGAACUGUCCACCAUAUGAGAUAUGUGCAUGUGGAAGGAAAGAUGUCCAUCAUGAGGAAAGAGAAAUUGACGAUCGCUACAUCAUGGUUGCUUUACACGCAUGUGGACGCCUUACUCCAACAUUUCUGCAAAUUUUUCAUCAGAUGGAACAAGUCAGUGCAGCUAUAUGCAUCGGAUGCUGUUACCACAAAGUGGAAGACAAAUCAGGUGUCCUUCAAGGCUAUUUCCCACUCAGCGAUGCAAUAAAAGGACUUAUGCAGAAUAGAUACCCUGCCCUGAAGCAUGGUAUGAAGUUUGGUCUUCGGCUGGCCUGCCAAGAAACCAGAGAUGAGUGGAGGCACCAGACAGUGAGUCAUCACGAGAGACACUCACGUCAUGUGUUCUUCAGGGCUGUUCUGCAGCUAGCUGUGGAAAAGUAUGGUCUUCAGUGGAAGAAGUCUCGGCGUCAUGUUGCAAGGAAGGACCACUUCACUUCAUUCCAAACAUUUCUUGAGCAUGUUAUGCGAGACAUUCCCUCUGACACAGACACACAUUGCAGGGCCCAACGUCAAAUCCUUCAAGAUGUGCACGACAGACACCUGCAGUUGAGGCCACUCGUAGAGGUUUUCACGUUGCUACAGGUCCUCCUGCAACCAGUAUGGGAAGUGCUAGUCCUUGUGGACCGCUGCCAAUGGAUGCGCGAACAACCAGGGAACUACAUCACCAAAGUGGUGUGCGUCUUCAAUGCAUGUCACUCCCCGCGCAACCUAGCCAUGGUGGUCUUGAGACGGUCUCACAUGUCAGACUGAGCCAUGUAGGCUUCCAGCUCAGCAUCCAGGUGGUUCCUUGUCUUGGCCAUGUAGGCAUCCAACUGGGAGUCAAGCUCAUCACGACUUGGCAGGCGUCCUCGAGCUCCACCGCGGCCGGUCCGUGCUCCUCUGCGUCCACCACCUCUGCCCAUCCGGCGGCUGUUCUCAGGGUUGCGUCUGCAUUUGGGAAAAUGUUCACCAUCCAUUCUGGCCAAUAUGCAAUAAAGACUACAAGCACAUUCAG